AUGCCACGUCGUCGCAUCCCGCGCCCCUCUGCAUCGUCGUCCUCUUCAACAGCGACAUCCUCAGUCCCACCGCCGACGUCUCUCCUCUAUCGACAGGACAUCGUCGAGCGCCAUGUCGAUGGCAAGAUCGAGACUGGCAUCGUAUUGCGCACCUGGCACGAAGAGGCAGACCAUAUUGCAGAGACAGGCGCAUCAUUACCUAAUCAGCAUCAUCACCAUCAUGGAGACUUGGAUAGACCGCUGAGGAAGGGUGAGGUGGGCGUGGUUUGGCGCACCACGGGCGAGGGAGAUCGAGCCAUUGUUGCUUCGUCCGAGGUCAAGCUGGUGGAUAGACUCCUCGUCAUCGGCGACAUAGUCAAAAAGUCCCUCACUCAAGCCCAGUCGGGCGUCAUUGUCGAUACCGAGUCGAUGGUCCAACUCAAGCCCAAGCCCAACCUUGAGCGCCCCUCAGAAGUAGAAGUCAACGACACUCGCCUCCUCGAGGUUCCCGCACGCGAACUCAUAUCCACACGUCGCUAUUCGCCUGGAUCACACGUCGUAUACGACGAUUGGAUCGGCGUAAUCGAAGAGGUCAUUAUUGAGCAUACGUGGGCGAGUGUGGAGACAGGCGAGGAUGGGAAACACGUCGUCUAUCAUACAUAUGAUACCAUCUCUGACUACGAUGUAGGCAAGCGGGAAAAGCGUCCCUGGACCCUUGGUGACGGUUAUAUCCGUCUCACCCACCCUUCCAACCCACCCACAAGCGAUCUGUCCACCUACAGCGACUUCACCCUUAUAGACGUGCAGCAUCGAGGCGCCUGGGUCAACUGGCUCGCCGUCAACCAAACCCUUUCCCCAGCUGCGCAGGACUCACACUCAAAACCCCCAGCUUACUGGGCAGAAGACUUGCCCAAGUUGAUCCUAGCAAGGACAAGCCCAGACGGGGCGGCCCUGGUGGGGGAUAUGGUCGUGUUUCGCCGCGAAGAGGAUCUGCGUUGCGCCCUCGUCGACGCGUACGGGGAGAGCGAGGCAGAGCGGCAGUUGACUCUGCUGACUGAGCAAACAGAAGCUGAGGGGAAUGCCGGCGAGAUGGGCAUGCCUAGAAAUCCAGGCAGCCAAACUCGCUCGCCCAUCUUCGAAGUCGUCUCUUCCUCGCUGGACGUCACGGUGAAAUGGCAGGACGGAUCCCUCAGCCACGAGGCGGGGACGCGCGUGCUUCCCGUGGCCUCGAUGAUUGACCCGCACGAUACGUACCCGGGGGAGCUGGUGACGUGGAGGAGUGGCGAGGCUGAGUCCGCUCAGGCUCAGACGCAAGAGCAGGGGCAGGGGCAGGGACAGCUGGUCGUCGUGCAGUCCUUCGACUCCGAAGAACGAACGGCCGUCGUUGCGCCUUAUGCUGCUGGCUCAGCAAGCUCGGUGGAAGAGGGACAUCACCACCCGCAGCAGCAAGUAGUCCCUGCCCUCGAGCUCGACGUGUACGGCGAAGAGCCCGGCCUAGAGUCCAUCUGGCAACACGGCAUCCAUCGAGGCGAGCUAGUCCUCAUAGGCCGUCGUCCCCACGACUCGAUAGCCCUCCCGCACAUUCCAAGAUUAGGCGCUCCCGUUGAACCCGGGUUCAACUGGGUCGACUCCUUUGAGCAGGUGGUCCAAUCUUUCCUCGACAAACAUCCAAAAAGCUUCAGUGCUCCUUUCCUCUACCCUAGAUUGAGCGUCGAUCUCACUGAGGAGGAGAAGGGUCAGUCAAAGUUGGAUUGGUUGGGAAUGGUAGUCGAUCUCGAUUCGCAGGGGUACGCGAAAAUACUGCUACCGGACGGAGAGACGAUGCGAACUGUACCUCCUACAGAGUUGAAUAAGCUCGAAGACUUUUUCAACCAGGAAGACGCACCGCUUGAGGGGGCAGAGGGGAUGGAUGGGGAAGGGGGCAUGCUCGGGAUGGGGAUCUUGGGUGGGACGGUAGGGGUUCCAUGGGAUCAGGAGGUGAGAUGGCAGACGGAGGAUGGGAGGGAGGUGGAGGAUGUGGAGAUGGGGGAGUGGGAGGAUGAUGAGGAGGAGCAGCAGCAGGAGGAAGAGGACGGGGAUGCUAUUCGUGUUGAUGAGGAGAUUGGUGGGAGAACGAGUGGAGCUAACGGGAACGCCAUCGCUAACGUCAAUGGCGCAAGCGCUGCCCCCCAUGCGCCGACACCAAUCGCGCUUGACACCUCUACGUCAGGUCCGGGCGCAGCGGUACGACAGCUUGCAAUGGAGCCCACGGCAACUCAUCCCGAAGCACCACCGCAAUCGAAGUCGCAGUCUCGAGCAGCGGAGGACCCAUCAGCCCCACCUGCCCACCCACCAUCCGGAGUCGCGCCGCCCUCCCGCCGGCCUACCUACACUCUUCCCUCCUCCUCCCGACCUCCACCAAGCAGCCCCUCCUGGUCUCCCUUCGAAAUCCUCGACUCGGCCCCCUCGACGCACCACUAUCACUCCACCGGCCCACCCGCAGGUGAUCGCACCUUCCUCUCCCGCCUAACCCGCGAGCACAAAUCACUCCGCUCAGCCCUUCCCACGAACAUAGUAGUCCGCACCUACUCUGAUCGUCUGGACCUACUCCGUGUCCUCAUCUUCGGCUCCCCCGGCACACCCUACGCGGACGGGCCCUUCCUAUUUGACGUUGCCCUCGACUCCUUUCCCCGUCUUCCCCCCAAGGUCUUCUUCCACUCCUGGACGGACGGGCGAGGUCGUGCAAGCCCUAACCUGUACGAGGACGGGAAAGUUUGCUUGAGCUUGCUGGGCACAUGGAGCGGAGAGAGGGCGAGCGAGAGCUGGCAACCUUCCAAGAGUAGUCUACUCCAGCUCUUUGUGAGUAUAGCGAGCUUGGUGCUGGUGGACCAACCUUACUAUACCGAACCGGCUUUCGAACGAUUGAAGGGGACGGAGGAGGGGAGGGUGAAUGCGAGGCUCUUCAAUGAGGGGGCUUAUGUGGCUACCAUGGGCUUCGUGAGGCGGGCCAUCACUGCUCCCGCUGCGGUAGAGGGAUUCGAGGAGGUGGUUCGCGAGUAUUACUUUGGAGAGGGGAGUAGGAGGCUGGACGUGCUGGUUGAAGACGCGAGGGCGUUACUGAGGUUGUCGAGGGAGGUGAGGGAGAGGAAGAAGAGGAAGCGUGCCGAGGAGGGUGGUGGCGAUGAUGUCGAGGAGGCGGGGACGGCGGCGGCGCUUGUGGAGAUUGAAGGGACGAGUAUGGAGCCCUUGAGCGGUGGAGCGGCCAUUGUGCUGGAGAGGGCUCUGAAGGGGUUGGAGGCUUUACAGGAUGGCAAGCGCUCUAGCGUGGAUGAUGCUGCCGCUUGUGCACCCAGUGGUGCGGCGUAG